UAAGCUAUGCCCCAGCAAGCACCAUUUACAUCUUACUUUUCAUUACCUUACAUAUCCAAUUCAUUAUCCAAAACAUAACAUACACGACAACACCUGGUGCACCUUAAUUUAGCACCUUUCAUAACUUAUUUAAACAUCCCUCGAAUCCUCUCUUCUACGAACCUUUCCCCAAAUCAACUCAAAAGGCUCUUAAAAUCUUCCUUCGAAAUAAUGGGGGUAAGCUUUUAAAGUCUUUAGUUUAUAUAAAAUCAAGAUGUACGGAAGACCAAAUACUAAUAUGUAUCCGGGGGGACAGCUAGCUUCAAAGAUGGCAGCUGCCCAGCAGGCGCAAAUGGGAGGUGCUCCUGGUCAGCCACCAUAUGUAUGUUUUCUUCUCUUUGCAGAUUCUCGGUUUAUUUGCUUCAAAAUGAGUGUUUGCUGAUAUUAAUCUAGCCAACUGGCGGUCAACCUCAAUAUGGUCAAGGUCAAGGUCAGACUUCCUCACCUGUGCAUCCAUCCCCAUCCCCCAAUCCGCAAUAUCCUUCAUAUGGACAAUCAUCACCGUCUCCUUAUGGGCAACCUCCGCCAUCACCGUACGGUGGGCAGCCUUCGCCAUCUCCUUAUGGGCAACCUCCAACCUCUCCACAUCCUCAGUCAUAUGGGCAUCCCACACCCCCGCCGCCGCAACAGCAAUACAGUCAGUAUAAUCAACCAUAUGGACAGCCUCCACCUCCACCACCUCCACAACAAUACCAACAAUAUGGGCAGUACGGGCAGUCUCAACCACCCCCUCAGCAAUAUCAACAGAAUCAACCAUAUCAGCAGCCAUAUCAACAAUACCCACCGAAUUCACAAUACCAGCCUCUUUCGCCGGCGCAACCAUUUUCUCCUCCUUCGCAGUAUGGACAAGAUGCUGGAAAUCCACUAACACAAUCUCAAACAGGUCAGCCAUAUCAAGCCUACCCAGGCGGCCCACCACCACAACAAGGAGGAGCUCCACCCCGUUCCGGACCUUUGGGUUACGUUCCUGGUGGAAGCUCGAUUCCUCCUCAAGCAGUCAAACAAUCCCUUAUGCAGACUAUACAGGAGAAGAACUUGGGUAAUUUUUUCAGAAACCCUCAAAUAAUUGAUCAGAUCUGUGCCGUUGCUCCUCAAAAAAUCGAUCAACUAUGUCAAGCCUGGAAUGUACCCAAGGAAUUGGGUGCUGAUAUCGUAAAGCUUGCCUUGUUCGAUAUUAUUAUCUUCGUUGGUAUGUUCGCAGAAUCCUUCAGGUAUCAUAAAUACUAACGCUAUGAAGAUGACAGUGGUUCUAUGAUUUUCCAGGAGAAUGGUAGCCGCAUUGAUGACAUGAAGCUUGUAUUGGGAAGAGCUGCUUAUGCCGGAUCCUUGUUCGAUGCCGAUGGAAUCGAAGUUCGCUUCAUCAACAGUGACGUACAAGGCAAUCACAUCCGAUCCGAGCCAGAAGUCGAGCAACUUGUCCAACGCGUCAAUUUCAAGGGAUUGACUCCAUUGGGUGCACAACUCAGGAAUAAAGUUGUCGAGCCAUUGAUCAUGAGCAAGGCGAGAUCCAAUGCACUUCAAAAACCAGUUUUGGUUAUCGUUAUUACCGAUGGACAACCAGAUAACCAAGAUGAAGUUUUCCAAGUUGUUAAGAACUCCUCAGCCGAGCUCGCACGUACUCAAUAUGGAAAACAAGCCAUUUCUUAUCAAUUCGCACAAGUCGGCAACGACAAGCAGGCUACCGAAUUCUUGAAGAAACUCGAUGAUGACAGAAGUAUCGGAGAUUUGAUUGAUUGUACAUCCAACUUCGAAGCCGAGCAAGAUGAAAUGGCCCGAACCAACCCAGGAACCGAGUUAACUCCUGAUUUGUGGUUGUUGAAGCUUUUGGUUGGUGCCAUUGAUUCUUCUUACGAUACCAAGGAUGAAUCUGGAAGCCGUCCUCAACCACCUCCAGGUCAAUAUGGACAGCCACCACAAGCUCAGUAUGGUGCUCCUCCUCAAGGUUAUGGACAACAACAACCUGGUGGAUACCCUCCACAACAAGGUCAAUAUCCUCCUCCUCAACAGGGCCAAUAUCCUCCUCAACAAGGCCAAUAUGGUGCUCCUCCUCCAGGUGGUGCUUAUCCCGGUCAACAACAAUACAGACCAGGUGGAGGUCCACCCGUUCCUCCUGUAAGACGUACUUCCCUUUCUUUGAAUCCAAACAUACUAAUACAUUUCUAGCGUUACUAAUUGCAUGGGCAUAAUGCUGAAAUAUUUACUUUUUUACGGGAAGUUUUCAGGGUCAUUUGAAAGGGAAAAUUAUCGAAAUGUUUAUUAUGUUGAUGAGUGAUAAGGUGAAAAGGUGAUGGGAAUGGAAUUAUGACCUUUAAGACCUCAGUGGUUUCUUUAAAUGACACAACGGUUUUAUUAGCAAAUUUAUCUUUGGGUUUACCUAUUUUGUCUAGAUGCU